AUGGGUCAGAGUUCAAGGCCAAAGAAAGAACAGAGCUUGUCGGUUGCUGGGCGCAAGUGGGUUCGAGGACGGAUGCUCGGAAAAGGGGGAUUUGGGACGGUGUAUUUGGGAUGGGUCAAAAAAUCCAAUAUGUGCGCAGAUGCCUUACCCCCAAUUUUCGCAGUGAAAUCGACAUUAUACUGUGAUGCGCUUGAGCUAGUUACAGAAAAUUCAAUUCUUGGCACGUUUAGUAGCUGCCCAUUUAUCAUUCACCGCUAUGGAGAUGAUGUGACUGCUGGUGUUGAUGGUAAUAAGGUAUUCAAUAUGUUCAUGGAGUAUGCUGAUGGAGGAACAAUGAGGGAUUUGAUUAACAAUUCUGGGCGUUAUGGGUUGCCUGAAUUUCAAGUAAGGAAGUAUACCGAGGCGAUUUUGAAAGGGGUUAAGCACAUUCAUGAAAUGGGUUAUGUGCAUUGCGAUUUGAAGCCUGAGAAUAUUUUACUUGUCACCAAAACUGAUUCUGGCGGUUCUGAAUUUGUGCCUAAAAUUGGGGACUUGGGUCUGACAAAGAGGGUUAUAGAGGAGCGUGCUGGAGGCACUACAAUGUAUUGGUCUCCAGAAACUGUCAUUCAAGAUAUUCAGCAGCAACCUUCUGAUAUUUGGGCUCUAGGGUGUGUGGUGCUCAACAUGUUGACUGGGAAGCAGCCAUGGGAUUUGAAAGCUGGGGCGAGACCUUGGGACCUAAUGCUUCAGAUUGCUUCCAAAUCUCCCACCAUUCCUGUUUGGUUAUCAGAUGAGGCUAAAGAUUUCUUGGGAAAGUGCUUUGUGUGGAGCCCUUCUGAGAGGUUCACAGCUGCUAAGCUAUUGAAUCAUCCAUUUGUGACUAAUCUGGAUCCAGUAAAGGAACUCUCCUCGGUGUCGUCAUCGUCUUCUAAGCAGCAGAUUCUUCCUUCGGGUUCCAUGACCUAUCAUUCCAAAUCAAACCACUGUUUGCCAAAAGCCACCCGCUUUCCCUAUAAUUGGUCCUGCUGCCUAGCUUGA